AUGUGCUUUUAUUUGUGGUAUUCCUUUUAUGAAGGGCAUGGCGCGCCUCCGGGUGCUGAAGCUGCGCAACUCCGGCAUCACAGAUCGUGCCAUCGCGGUUGUUGGCACCACCCCGCGCUAACUCAUCUGGAUCUCGCUGGGUGCUUUCUCGUCACUUCCCUCAACUCACUGGGCUCCCUCAAAAGACUUGUGUGGAUGAACGCAUCCUGGUGUGGCGUGCGUGACGGGGGCAUGGAGGGCCUCUCCCGUUGCAAAAACUUGGAACACCUAAGCCUGUCACACAGUUGGGACAUUUGCGGCGCUAACGCGCUCGGUGGGCUUCAAAUGUUACAGGUUCUUGACCUUCGUGGCACAAACGUCGACGACGAAGGCAUUGCGGGGCUUGCGCGAUGUGUCCAUCGCUGA